AUGGGAUUUUUCGACGACAUAUUCUCACUGGAAUCAAAUGAACACCUUCGAAUAGUCUCAGCAAUUCUUCUCACAAUUGUUAGUGUUUUCGGUGCAAUAUUCAACAUUUUUGUUCUUCUUGCAAUAUUUCUUCGAGUGAAGAAAAAGGAUGGAUUUCUCAAAAUUUGUUGUCUGAAGAGUUUUGGAAACGGAAUAGUUUGCAUCGGUUAUUUAAUCUGGCCAGUUCCUGUCACGUUUCUAAAUACUUACUUUUUACCCCACAUGUUCAAUGCAUUUAUGGGUCAACUUAUUGGAUGGUUUGCAUGGUGUAUAGGUCCUUUAUCUCAAGUUUUAUUAACGAGCAAUCGAAUUUCUGCUGUAUUUUUCCCUCAUCUAUAUAACAGAUCUUAUCGGUUUACACCCAGUAAUAUUGGAAUAAUUGUAUGUCUACUACUAGCGUUUCUCGUUUUUGCUGCUUUCUUUCCAGAAGGAUGCCAUUACUUAUAUAACUUGGAAAACAUCGGUUGGCUACCAGAAGACACUCUUUGUACUUCUGUGAGACGAGUUAUAUUCCUAGUUUCGAUGUUCAUUAUUGUCGUUUUCACUACUGUUUGUGGAGUGGUUUUAUUCUUGAAACUGAUUGCAGACUCGCAAAGUCGAGUGAUGACUGAUGCCCAAUCUUCAAACCGCCGUCAUCAACACAGAAAAGUUUUAUAUCAAACACUUGUUCAGAAUGGAUUAAUACUGGCUGACACUCUGAAUACGACUGUGACCUAUAAGCUAUUCACUCUCCUUUUCACCCAAUUUCUUAUUUUAUCGUUCUCAAUGGUUUUCAUAAGGAUGGUCGAAGGAUUAAUAAUGUUGACAAUGAAUGAAAGGAUCAACAAUGGUACGAAGAUUUUAGUUGGAUUGAAGAAACAAGGAGCCAGUCAUGGAGCGAAUAUUGGACAUACUAUGUUAGUGUGGAAUGUUUCGACGACAUCGGCAUUUCAGAAAGCAUAA